AUGAUCAUAUUUUUCAUUGCCGCCUUUUUACUUGUUGCUGAACAGUUGAAUGGACAACUAAAUGAUGGAAUAGUAACGGGAAACAGACCUCAUAUGCUGAGCCAAGCAAGGAUAUUUGACUUGCCCAAAUUUGCUCCGACGGCUAGAAUCAUCAAGUUAUCGUCAUCGCUCAGAAGGAAGCACAACAAAGAGGACAAGUCGCUAUUUUCAGAUGCGGCUGGAUCUUUCGACAACUUUGAGGCCUUUAAUCUCGAAGACAUCGAUCGUGAGCCAUCGUCAGGUGAAGCGAAAACACCAGUCAGAAGAGAAGGCAGCUCAAAGCGUAGACAGCGAGGAUCUCACGAGAACAUCGGCGAAUUCUUCCCAGAGUCUUGA